ACGGUCCGUGUACUUUCCGGUCCUUGUGCGUCGCCCUUUCCGCUCCGACUCUCUUCUCCCUCCGCCCAAUAUCUUUUUUCCUCUGCGGCCCACGUGCGGAUUUAAUUCAGUUUUCACCUUAACAUUUUGCCGUAAAAGUUUGGACCAAAUGUCGUCGCCUUUCGAGCAGGUGCGGGCGAGCGUGGUGCAGCUCCUGCGGGGAAUCGACAGGUACAACCCAGAAAACCUUCCAACGUUGGAGCGCUACGUGGAGACGCAAGCCAAAGAGAACGCCUACGACCUGGAGGCCAACCUGGCUGUCCUGAAGCUGUACCAGUUCAACCCGGUUUACUUCCAGGUUCCGGUGACCUCACAGAUCCUGCUGAAGGCUCUGACCAACCUGCCACACACCGACUUCACUCUGUGCAAGUGCAUGAUCGAACAAACACACCAGCAAGAGGAGCGUCCCAUCAGACAGAUCCUCUACCUCGGGAACCUGCUGGAGACGUGUCACUUCCAGAGCUUCUGGACGAGUCUGGAGGAGAACAGAGAGCUCAUCGACGGCAUUACCGGUUUCGAGGACUCUGUUCGCAAGUUCAUCUGUCACGUAGUGGGCAUCACCUACCAGACCAUCGAGCACCGGUUACUGGCCGAGAUGCUGGGAGACCCGCUGGACACGCAGGUGAAGGUGUGGAUGAACAAGUACGGCUGGACGGAGAACGAGGAAGGACAAAUCUUCGUCUUCAACCAGGAGGAGAGCGUCAAGCCCAAGAACAUCGUGGAGAAGAUCGACUUUGAGAGUGUAUCCAGCAUCAUGGCUACGUCUCAGUGAUGCAAACACACACGCAUAUAUAUACACACACACACACACAUUUGGUAAGACAGAUUCAACCAGCUCAUUAUUUUUCAUAAUCACUUUUCUUUUUCCUCAAUAAAAGUAAUUUAUCCCGCACA